AAUGGGAUUUAUUUUAGGGACUGAUACAAGUUUAUGGUAUAACCACGCAUACCGGAAGUGGCGCUACUCCAUUGAAACUUAACUUGGUUUUGUGAGUCAGAAAAUUGAGUGGGCAGAGAAUGUAACGCGUCCGGAUUAACUACAUUUUGAAGUGACCAAAAGUACCUCACAAGGAACAAUUCGUGACGAAUUCUACCUUGACACAGAGAAGUGGUAGGCCUAUUACGUGAAAUAGCCAGUGCAAUUUGUAUCGGAACAAACGAGUUGGCAAAAGUGAAUAUAAUCAACACUGUGAAGAAAAAUAGACCGGAGGUUUUAUUUUUUUGUUGCAAAUAAUCUCACCGUGAUGGCGAACAUGAAGGUGCGGCAUGUUCACAAAGACGGCCUGCCGGGGCGGAUAGUGUGCAUAUUAGGAGUGUUGGCCCUGUCGUUGGCGCCAUGCCUGGCGCAGUCCAAUAUAUGCUCUGAUGCCAGGACAUGCGGGGAAUGCAUCGUGCUGGAUCCGUCCUGUGGUUGGUGCACACAGGGGGAUUACAAAGAUGCGGAGGGGAAGAGCCGCCCGCGCUGCGACCUCAUCACCAACUUCGAACAGAACGGCUGCAUGGAGAUCAGCAAUCCCACGAGCAGCUUCAACAAGACCCAAGAUGAGCCACUCAGCAAUGCUGGAGGCGUUGCUGCUGUACAAGUCAAGCCCCAGGCCGUACAUCUGAAACUUCGACCAGGGUUACCGGUUGACCUCACAAUGCAGGUCAGGCAGGCGGAAGAUUAUCCCGUCGAUCUUUACUACGUCAUGGACUUGUCCAAGUCCAUGGAAGACGAUCUCAACAAUCUGAAAGAGCUUGGCAGCGUCCUAGCCAGAGAGAUGAAAGCCAUCACCAGUGACUUCCAUCUCGGUUUUGGUUCCUUUGUGGACAAGACUGUCAUGCCGUACGUCAGCACAGUGCCCUCCAAGUUGAUCCAUCCGUGCACAGGAUGCGAAGCCCCGUACGGUUUCAAGAACGUUCUGCCGUUGAACCGUGACACGGAUCUCUUCACUAAUAUUGUGAGAGCUCAGAAUGCCUCUGGUAACUUGGAUGCCCCGGAGGGAGGCUUAGAUGCUCUGAUGCAAGUCACUGUUUGCACAAGUGAGAUCGGAUGGAGGGAUCAGGCCCGCCAUCUUGUCAUCUUCACCACGGACGCGCCGUUCCACUACGCCGGAGACGGCAAGCUCGGUGGAAUUGUAACGCCCAAUGACGGCAACUGUUACCUGAGCACCAGUGGCGAAUACACAAAGUCAACAAUCUUGGACUACCCUUCCAUCGGGCAGUUGAACGCCAAGAUGCAGAAGAACAGCGUCAUCCCGAUUUUUGCCGUCACGGACAGCAAGAUCGGUAUAUACAGGAAUCUGACUCAGUACAUCGAAGCGGCCACAGCAGGAAUCCUUGCGGCCGAUUCAGGCAAUGUGGUGGAGCUUGUCAAGGAUAACUACAAGAAAAUCACCUCCAAAGUGGAGGUGGUAGACAACGCCCCCACCAACAUCACGGUGGCCUACACGGCCCACUGCCUGAAUGGCCAGGUGACGCCUGGGUCCAGGGAAUGCAGCGACCUGAAGCUGGGCAACACGGUCAACUUCACGCUGUCCAUCACGGCCACCACUUGCCCCGAGGAGCGCGUGAAAACGUUCAAUGUCCGACCAAUCGGCUUCAGUGAGGAACUCACUGUGACAGUGGAAGUGGUCUGUGAUUGCGAUUGUGAAGCCCAAAAGGUCAUUAACAGUGACAAGUGCAGCAUGGGCAAUGGCACACUGGAGUGCGGUACGUGCAAGUGCAACCCGGGCCGCUACGGCCAGGAUUGCGAGUGCAGCAGCGACGAUGCCGACCUCGGCGAUAACGACUCCUCAUGUCGAGCGGGUAAUUCCUCCAUUGUUUGUUCAGGGCGCGGAUCCUGUGUCUGUGGACUGUGCGUUUGCUUCCAAAGACCGAACCCGUCGGAGCAGGUGUCCGGCAAGCACUGUGAGUGUGACAACUUCUCGUGCGACAGGUACAAAGGCGAGCUCUGUGGAGGCCCGGAUCGCGGGGUGUGCGUCUGCGACGACAAGACCAAGCGUAGCAAGUGCAAUUGCAGGCCGGGUUACAAAGGGGAUGCAUGCGAGUGCUCCACCAGGACCGACACCUGUACUGCCUCCAAUGGGCUCAUUUGCAAUGGUGUUGGCACUUGCAACUGUGGCAAAUGCGAGUGCAACGUCUCCACGGCUUACAGGGGCGAGCGAUGCGAGGAGUGUCCGGCUUGCCCCGGUAAAUGUGAGGUGAACGAAGACUGUGUGGAAUGCAAGCAGUUUGGCCGGGGCUUGAGCCAGGAGCAGUGUGACGGCUGUCCCUACCCAGUCAUCCCCGUCGACGAGUUGCCAACAGACGAGAACUCAGAACGGUGCCUGUACCACAACGAAGACGGCUGCUCUGUGCUCUUCACCUACCAGACCUUACAGAACAGAUCGUUCAUCUUGAUCGUGCAGAAAGAGCCCGUGUGCCCCGUGCCGGUCAAGGUGGAGUUCAUCAUCAUCGGCAUCGUGGUGGGCAUCAUCAUCAUCGGCCUGAUCCUCCUCCUGAUCUGGCGACUCCUGACCUACAUCCACGACACGCGGGAGUUUGCCCGCUUUGAGAAGGACCGGGCGCAGGCCAAAUGGGACCAGAGUGAAAACCCAAUUUACAAACCUUCCACGUCCACGUACAAGAACCCACUGUACGGCAAGUAACUUCCCUUUUUCCUCGUCUCACAACUGUUAAUUUUGUUUUUUUCGACGCGUUGUUGUCAAGGUUUUUCUAAUCUCUUUAACAGCGAUUCUAACAAAUUUCUCGUUUGAGGAACUUCGAAUGCAAUUUUUUUAUUGGUACAAAAAGGUAAAUGAGAAAUUGAAAUGUAAACCGAAUCGUCAAAAGGAGGCUGUUGCAUGUAUUUGUUUCCAAGUAAUUCCAACAAUUGCGGUGGAACUCCAGUUUCUGAUCCUCCCGAAUGGCUCCACAACAAACACGCCAGAUGAAACACAAAUCUUGUCUGUCAGUGUUUCACUAAAAGCUGCGUUUCCUCUCACCGACGGAUAUGAAAUGCAGGGUUCUGUUUUUCUAUGGCAAAUUGAAAAUAAAACUGAGUUUAGUUUGUUCCUGACUCGAUUGUUGAUCAUGAGUUGCAUUCAACAGAGAAGUUUGACUUUAUCGGGGCAAAAGCGCACGAAAAACUCUAGACAGCUCCAGGAUCAUGGAGAAAGAUGAAAGGCUAUAUUCACUUUAUAUUUCCAAUGGAAAGUGACUGUCAGUUUCAAGACUUGGAAGUCCCUAACUCUAAAAGAAAAAAAAAGUCACAUGAAAAUGAAUCACGAACGGAAUCAAUACAAAGUCAGAGUAUUAGCGUUUUGAAUUCGCUCAAUGUUUGAAAAAUUCGGCGUUUGUCUCAUGUGAACACCACAUAGAUGGCGCCCUUGCUUUUACACGGUAACUUUGGCCAUGCUUAGUUGGGCGUGAAAUCGACCCCUGCAUUUCUUGCUUGAGAUAUUUGCUCCUCGGAUGUAAUUACAUUUGGUGAAGGAAGUGUUGCAUAAAAAAAUGCUGAAAUCCGAAGCUGUGCAUAUGAGUAGAAACUAGAAGACUUGGCUUGUAAAAGUGUACAGAGUCAGUAAUGUUAACGCUAGUGACGGAGAAACCAGAUAAUUUCAAAUCCGGUCGUUCAAACUUCCAAAAAAAAAAUUGAUUACCAGAUUCUUUAGUUUUUACCAAAAUCAAAUACCACGUCAGAACUCAUGCCAGAACCCACGCCAGAACCCACAUGCGAAAGGUAUUCUCCCACUGUGAAUCUGCCCCGUGUGAAGUCCUGGCCCGAAAAGGCUGACUCUUAAAAGCAAGAUAUCACAAAACUGUUCGUAAAAAUGCUCAGUUGUGGUGUUGGUACCCCAGGCACGAUACCGUUACUCGAUUACAAUGACUCUUUGCAAGGAACCCUUGGCAAGCGCAUUCAGAAAAACAAAAAAAUCAAAACCCCCAAUUCCUAGAAUGUGGCAUGGAAUCAAAAAUUCUUUGUGAACAUUUUGCAAAGCCGUAAUUUGCGCAUUGAAUCUCCUCCAAGGUGUGAUAAUGUGUGUGUUUAUCAUCGGGCUUAAAAUUGCUUUGUACAAUUUGAUUCUAAUAACUUUGCUGAUGUAAAAAAAGUCAAAAAUGCGAGUUCUUGUACAUGUAGAGAGAGAAUUCUAAUUUCAUUUGUUUUAGUAGCUUAUGUAUUUAUUGGCUUAAAUUUCAUUUUUAACUCUCUGUAGCUUUGGACUUUGUGUAUCGAGAGCCUCCAUUUGUAAUGUAGCAGUUAGCUCGUAUUUGUACAUGUAUAGCCAUUCCACAGCAGAAGGAAUAGGUUUUUUUUUUAUUUGAAGUACAGAUGUAGUGUUGUGUAAUGACUCUGUUCUUGUUACAAAACUAGUUUGAAAUUAUUUUAGAUCUGCUGUGUCUUCCAGCUAUGAUUACUGUCCGUGUAGCCAUUAAAUCCCCCCUCCCCACACACACACACACACACACACACACCCUCUCCUGCCUAACCAAACCCCGGGGAAUCCAGGAAAAUUUACCGGUACAUAUAUACACUCUCAAAUAUGAACGAAAGACAUAGUGAAUGUUUCAACGUUGGAAAGGCAGCACUCUGGUUUUUGCCAGUGUUGACCUUGAGCCAUGCUGAAAGUAAGUUACCAGAAACUGGCAUUUGCGAUUAUGCUUGAUAAAUAGAUCAACAAAUUUAAUGUGAAGAAGGAAGUGAAAGACAAAAUUCUGCCGUGCUUAUCAGAUUCAGCUGAAGUGCAACGAACUUCAUGAUUCGAGAGAACAACUUUUGCUCUUGUGGCUUGUUGAGGUUCAGGCACGGGGCUUGUAUGCGACAUUGACGAGGCGUUGUGUGUCAGGUGGCGUUGCACAGCACAUGAUGUGACGCGCAGUGACCUGCAGCAUGUCACAUUGAUGUCAUGUUAUGUGUGUGGCAUGUGGUGACACUCAACGCUUUCUCUCUUACGUAGCGUACGGUAACUCAAAGUGACACGAAAUGUGUGGUGUAAUGUGACACCUGAUGUGUUGUCACACCUGCCGGGAUUCUGGCAAACUAAUGUCAGGGACUGUACAUUUUUUUGUACUAUGCUUGUCAAGCUUUGUGCUGACAAUAUUUUGCUCUUUGUACAUGUGUGCCAUGGUGCUCUUCAGCCACUGAAAUGGCCACGACUCCCACCAAGUCUUCCAUCACAUUUUGUAUCAUGGGAUUUACAGGCACUAGGAUUGUGGGCGGGGGGAGGGGGGAAGCAGUCUUUCUGCACCCUCAAUCUCCGAUCGGGGCAAGCUGGGGAAUAAGUCAGGGAACAGAGAGCCACUUUAAAGCUUGAUUGACUCUUAAAGAAUGCUGCUGUUACAAGGUUAAUAAUAAGUGUUGUUAAACACUUCCAUGAACACAGAAAAUCAGUGAUGUUUUUACAUUGUCACCAAGACGUGCCUUAGGACACUUUCAUCUAUGCAUGCAAGGAUAGGCAUUGGAAACCUGACAAACAGGGUGUGGAAGGUGGUUUUUCCUCCAUUUUUAUACCUGCAAAAAAAAAGAAAGAAAGAGAAAUUGUAUCUGGUUCUGUAACAUUUCUGUGAUGUGUGGGCGUGUUGACAGUACAUGAUUAAAUGUUGGACACUGUAUUAAAUGUUGUAAUGUGUUAUACUCUGCUGUUGUUGAGUCCAACACAAGCCCAGGGCUGUAAGUAAAUAGCUACAUGAAGCUGUUUACGAGUCCAGUCACGACUCGUAGAAGAUGACUGAACAGUGAUCGAGAACACGGUCUGUUAAUGCUUGCUUGAAGUAGCUUAUGACUUGACUGGUGUCGGACUCCACAAUGACACUAUUACGCUAUGUAUUGUACAUGUAUUUGGGAGAGUGUUAGCAUCUGUAGUGUGUAAUAUAGUAUGCUGUUCAUGUAUAUGAAGAUGUGUUAUUGUCGUCAGUGAUUACGAUUAAGACCCACCUUUUUGGCUUGCAGCCAGUUUUAUGCUAACAAAGCCCCUGUCCGUGUCGCCGACUGUUCGGCAGUAAGCGUAGCCACGUGUAAAUCCAGCUUAACCCCGGAGGAAAAAACUACUUGCACAAAUCAGUGAUGUCGUGAUGGAUGUCUCUGUGCAUGUGCUCAGCCAUUAGCACGUCCGAGCCUUGAAAUUUAGCUUAAGCAAAAUAUUUUUCUGCUACAGUUAGCUGAGCUUUUGCGUUGACUGAAGCAGGGCUUUGAAAGUGUGUUCCGCUUUAGAUUGGGUGCUAGAGAGCAUUUGUGAAAUGGCCCAAAGACUGUAGACCAGCAUAGCAUGGCGCUGUAUCAUAUAGUUAAAGGAACAGCAUAAUUCUUAUAGUAUUUCACAAAGUGGUAAAGUUUUCAAUUUAACACCUAAUUUCAACCACAGAAGAAAAAUCAGAGAUUUUGAAAGAAAGAACAAGAGCCAUAGUUUGUCAGCUUUUGGUUGUGUUCCUGUUAUAUGUACUGAUAUACAUUUGGUGCAGGAUAUUUUUAUAAUGCCUGGGUUGUAUUCAGGCCUGGAGCAAUUUUGAUUGCCCUCAAAAUGCCUGAAUUAUGCCCUAUGUUGGUGCUGUAAUCAAGUCAGGAUGCCAGACCAUUGAAAAAAAAUUGUUUGUUAUCUUGAUGUACCGGUACGUUUGGAGCAAAUGAAUCCUUACAAAUGUGAGAGGAAGUUGCAUAGAUCACAUCGAAAAAUCAGAUUUGAGCAUGACGCUGUUUUGGAAGGAGUGCCCUGAAUCUAGUUUUUUUUACGAGCAAAAUCAUGAACUAGUUCAUGGCAGUUUUGGUCAGAAUGAGAGAAUAAUCAACUAGGUCACAGGCUGAAGCUGGACCCUUUUACAGGGUGGAAAAGCGAGAAUGUUCAAACUUUUUGAAAGGUGCACGGGUUGACCCAGUUUCCUACUUUGAAUGCCAUGAGAUGUGAGGAGGAUGUGAUUUUCUUUUAACGUCGUUGUGAUGCACAGAUCAGUGAAGUGAAAAUGUGACCAUUGGUCUGUCCUUACAGGUAAAUUUUUUCAACGACAGCAACAAAAGACAAAAGAUAGAGAAGGGACCACAAUUCCUUUUCACCUUGUGAACUAUUUGUCAAAUAUCUGGGUUUUCCUUGAUUUGCAUAUUCAUUUCUUUCCUGUUCCGUGGAACCGGUUAGAAAUAGGCAUAUUUUGUUAAACUCCUAGCAUAGCGUUAUUGAUAUCAUAGCAUAGCUACAUUGAUAUCCAGUCAUUUGUAAAGUUUUGGUCUAAUAGUUUCAUUGCUUUCUUAACCGUUACAAUUGUAUAAAUAUUUGUACAGAAUUGCGCUGUCAGAAAGCUGAAUGACUCAGAAUGGUUUCACAUUCCAGAACUUUGUCUCAACAAGAAUUGGUUUUGCCACUAACACACAGUGAAAUCAUCCAUGCUUCGAUACAAGGAAAUAAGCCUUUUGUAAUCUCCAAUGUAUCAUGGAGAGUCUGUCAGACAAGCAAUGCAUGAGGCAUUGUACACUUUACCUACAUGCACAAUCCAUCAACUUGUCUCUACCUUAUUGAAUGUUCCUAAACAUUAAGCCAAUCUCUCUUGACCUGGUUCUUACAUUGAACAUUUUGAAUAUUCAAAUUGAAAAAAAACAACAACCGAAUUUUAAAGAUUUCUAAAAAAAACAAGGAAAUUUGGAAAUCCCUUUCGUGAACACCAGUUUAUGUCUUGGAACCAAGAUCGCAAAUGUGAAUGAGCUAGUAUUGGCCAAUCAGAAAAAAGAUUUGAAGCUCAUUCCUCCUGCAUUGACCAAUCAAGAUCAUUGUACAGACUUCAGUGAAUGAUCAAUGAUGCCCUUUUUAAGACAUCUAAGGGCAAGUUUGUGAGCGUUUGAGAAGUUAUUUGUUACACCAAAAAUAUUUCUUCGACACUGUGCGUGCAUCUGAGACUGGAAGAACAGGUACUUAAUAAAUAGGAAACAAUUCUUAAAACAAACUUACUUCGUGGUGGCCUGGUUCUCUCCCACCAUAGGUCCGUGCAUAAAAUGCAUGGCUCGUUUGCCAUUCAUUUCCCAUGAUGUGAUGAGAAUGUCCAAUCGGUUUAUUUUCUGGUAAAGACUAAAUUAUGUGCAAAAAAAGAGCAGCGAGUAACAAAUUUAAACAUCUCAAAAAAAUAAUCUGGAUCUAUAUGUGUUUGUAAUUGUGCUUUUUAGCCGAAUGUAAACUUUAUAUGCAACUUUCUUUGAUAACGAUGUAACCCAGCAGUCAUAUUUUUGUGUAAGACGAAUAUUUUAAGCAUUGUUGCUUUUGUUUUUUACUAAAACAAUAAAAAAAACCUAGAUAAACAA